ACCGAAUCACUACCUGUUACGCACAAUGUCGUCAGUAAAGAAGGCGGAGGAGCAAAUCGAGAAUUCUUCCACUGUUCGCCGCCAAAUUUAUCUGGUCUUUGAAUAGGAUUGUGACUCCGGAUUCUGAAGUAAAAUGGACAUUUUAAAAUCUUCAGGGAACACGGGUGGUCUCACCGAAGAAACGAAUCUCAUUGAUAGCAAUGUGGAAACCCAAAAGGAAAGAUACCCCAAGUCGGUAAUUUUUAUCGUUGGAAACGAGUUCUGUGAGAGGUUCUGUUACUAUGGCAUGAAAGCUGUGUUAACCUUGUACUUGACAAUGGUUCUUCUUUAUGACGAAGACACAGCCACCAUGAUCUACCACACCUUCUCAAUGGGUUGUUACUUCACGCCUCUCUUUGGUGCUAUGUUGGCUGAUUCCUUCCUUGGGAAGUUCAAGAGUUCAAGUGAUUGCUUACAUGCAUGUCUCAUUCAUUUAAGUAAUGCCAAAGAUAUUUUCAGAGCUAUGUCAAUGAUUGGCCUGACACUUAUUGCUAUCGGUACUGGUGGAAUAAAGCCUUGUGUGGCUGCUUUUGGAGGAGAUCAGUUUGGUCCUGGUCAAGGCUUUGAAUCGUACAAGUUGUAA